AUGGAGGCAACAUCACAAACAGAGGGGCUGUUAGAGAAGAUAAGACCACCGCGUCUCGAAGACGCCGGCCUCGAAGACUGUGCACUACCACCCGAAUCCAUCAAAGAGGCCUUUUUCAAAGCCGCCACGGCCGUGAAAUCACACGCCGCUUCGAUUUUUUCAGCGUCAGGUGACGAACCCGAAGAUAGUUGCUUGAACGAUCCGUGGCCCACUUUUGGAGAAUCGUCCGAUAAGUUAGUCGGAGUCAUACCGGGGACGGAGCCUUCCGGCUCUUGCGUUUCCGAGAAGGGUGGAGGUGUUCCCGGAGUGGUGGGUGCUGGUCUGGCCGAUACGGAGAAGAUGGUGGAACCGGAGGUGCCGGAGGGUGGGGAAGCUUGGGGUGAUGGGUUGCAGGGUUUGGAGAUUGGAGAGAAGGGUCAAUAUGAGAAGGGUGAAAAACAGAGGGAUGGAAUUGAUGUUGAUGAGGAAGAUAAUAAAGACGGUGAAAGGCCAAAAUUAACCGAGGGUUAUGUGUAA